GAGACUCUCAGAGGGUGUAGAACUGGAGGCAGCAUUCACUGGCCAUGCCAGUACUUACCACUGAUGCUGAGUCAGAAACAGGUAUCCCAAAAUCCCUUUCCAAUGAGCCUCCCUCAGAAACCAUGGAGGAAAUCGAGCACACAUGCCCACAGCCUCGACUGACCCUGACUGCACCUGCCCCAUUUGCAGAUGAAACCAGCUGCCAGUGCCAAGCACCCCAUGAGAAACUGACCAUUGCUCAGGCCCGCUUAGGAACACCAGUUGACAGACCCGUCAGAGUGUACGCCGAUGGGAUAUUUGACCUCUUCCACUCAGGUCAUGCAAGGGCACUUAUGCAAGCAAAAACACUGUUUCCCAACAGCUACUUGUUGGUAGGAGUUUGCAGUGAUGACCUCACCCACAAAUUCAAAGGUUUCACCGUGAUGAACGAAGCAGAGAGAUACGAAGCGCUGAGACACUGUCGCUAUGUGGAUGAAGUCAUCAGAGAUGCUCCGUGGACACUCACGCCAGAGUUUCUGGAAAAACACAAGAUUGACUUUGUGGCCCACGAUGACAUUCCGUACUCCUCGGCUGGCUCUGAUGAUGUUUACAAGCAUAUAAAGGAAGCAGGAAUGUUUGUUCCAACGCAGAGAACGGAAGGCAUCUCAACAUCAGACAUCAUCACCAGGAUUGUCCGUGACUAUGAUGUUUAUGCCCGACGCAAUCUCCAGAGAGGGUACACAGCCAAGGAACUGAAUGUCAGCUUUAUAAAUGAGAAGAAGUACCGCUUCCAAAACCAGGUAGACAAGAUGAAGGAAAAGGUCAAAAACGUGGAGGAAAAAUCAAAGGAAUUUGUUAACAGAGUGGAAGAAAAGAGUCAUGACCUAAUUCAAAAGUGGGAAGAGAAAUCGAGGGAAUUCAUUGGCAACUUCCUAGAACUGUUUGGGCCUGAUGGAGCAUGGAAGCAGAUGUUCCAGGAGAGGAGUAGCCGAAUGCUGCAGGCCUUGUCGCCGAAGCAGAGCCCUGUGAGCAGCCCCACCAGGAGCCGGUCCCCUUCACGUUCCCCGUCGCCCACCUUCUCGUGGCUCCCGAACAAAACCUCACCCCCCUCCUCACCCAAAGCUGCCUCAGCCUCCAUCAGCAGCAUGAGCGAGGGGGAUGAGGAUGAGAAGUAAAGGCUGCUGGCAGACAAGAGCCACGCCACACAGGCUGGGGGGUGGGGGGGGCGGGGGCACGGGGGAUGCCUGAGUGGUGUGGGAAGGAAAACAGUCGCAGGGGCUGCAGCUCAGCCAGGACACCCUGAGCUCUGCUAAGGGAAGGCCUUGAGACCACCUCUCCCUCAGUCUCCACUCAGCCUGAGACUUGGACUCUGCAUGGAGGUUUCCUGCCGGACAACCUGUACAAACCUUCGUAGCAUCAUCUAGAACCACUCUACUUUAACCUUGCUAAGGAAAGACGCAGAGCACCCCUGGGAGACUUGCACUGAGUGGGGUGCCUUCUGCUUUGGUUCUUACACUGAUCCCCACCAAGUAUACCACCCGGGAAAGCGGCUGUUCCCUCAAUCUACUACUUCCAGCCCCUCAGGGCCCUGCACGUUGCCUC